AUGAGUUUACUAACCUCUGGAAACGUUCCACAGCCCGGUUUAUUAAGGCCGGGGGAAAUUGUGACAUCCAAAAAACUCAAAAUUCCAAUCCUGUGUUCUUUGAUACUUUAUUUGGCAUUUGCAAGUAUCUUUUGGCAGAACUCGGCUCCUACAAAUGGGGCCAACAGCGCUGCAGACGGGAUGACGCCCGAUGUGGUAGACAAAACGCUUUCAAAUCGGCCCUUAAAUUAUUUAGAUGAUUAUAUCUCUCAUCGACUUCCCAGCGAUAUUGUGGCUCGUGCUGAUCUUCUGCUUCUACCACAACUUGAUGUGGAUCCCCCAAAGGACUUGGCAGCAAGCUUGGAUUUGAUGGCAAAAACCGGAAAAACUGAAUGCUUUGAUUUUGAGUCCUUACAGGUUGAAGUGAAGCAUGCUGCACAACGACGUUGGAAGGCUGAAUACGUGAUUAGCCUACUGUACAUCUGGGAGGUCAAAAAAUUGGGGAUAUGUAACCCAAUGUUGCCAUUUUCAUGGUACGACUGGCGGGCACUGGAUGUUCGUUGCUGUGAUGUGGAAACAAGGAGACCACCAGUAGAUAAAAUCGUGUUUGCCAAUGUGAACAGCAACGCCGAAGUAAAGGUGGUAAACGUUGCGGAGCAUAUAAGUGGAAUUUUUGACACUUCUUUCGGCCUUUUCAAUGAGCUCCGCUACUACUUGAACAGCACUUCAUCUUUUUGCAUCGAAGCGCUUGAGUCCCAGCUGUUUAGAAAAUCCAAGCAUGUGUACUCGACAGCGACAACCCCUGAGUCCGGGUGGGCGCCCCGUCAAAUGAUGAUUUCGGAAAGUCUCCGCCUGCCUCGGAUUGAGACUAGGCCUAGUUUGAGCUUAGGCUCAAGCUCAAGCUCGAUCGUUGUUGAGCCCAGUGACCUUAAAUUUGACGCUGAGCGUCGAAUUGAGCAACUUUCCAUUGAGACAGAGUCGAAACUGUACGAGAAUCGUAUCUUAGUCGACAGGGACUUUCAAUUCCUUGAGAAACUCAAGCAAAAGCAUAUCUUGGCGUUGCGCAACGGCAAGGAGGAUAGAUAUAUUUCAGCUUUCUUUGACACCAUUGAAACUCCAAAAGGAUCCGGCGCCUACGAUCCUCGAUUUUUCCGGCAGUACAUCGAUGCGACUAAGCGAGACACCGCAUUCAAGGCUAUGACGAAAGCUUGGCAGAUUUUCACGGAAAAUGAGCAGAUCAUCUCCUGGCAUCCCACAGAAUCUAUUCUGCCUGCGGGUGAACUUCACACUCACAGUUUGGAAAUACCAAUCCGGCAUUUUGAGUACCUGUCGGCAAAUUUCAACGGUUCUUUGAUUGUCUUCAGAGAUCAGGGGAAAGUGCAUAGGUAUUUUUUGGAAAUCGACCCCUCCUAUGUCAAUUUGAACCAAAAUUCGAUUGAUGCUAGAUUUAUUGAUGCUGACACUGGGCUUUCACUCCAAUUAAAAGCAGUUUCGCAGAGAGCGCUCAACCAAUCGCUACAUGCAAUCCUUCAGCAUCUAAGACAAACGUUUAAGUGGAACUCUCUCAAACCCUUGCUGCUAACUAAAGCAAUCGCAGACAAGAUCGGUACCAGAUCCUCAGAUUCUCAAUAA